AUGUUCUUUUGGGACAAGGUGAGAUUUCUCGUGAUUCCAGGAAGACGAGAGCAGGAGCUGACACUGCCGAGACAUAGGCGAUUCAGGGACCUACCUCCGACACCAGUGAUGGAAGCGAUGAUAGAUACUUAUUUCUUCCACGUCCACAAUCAGCCGUAUUCCUACUUCCAAGAAGAUAGUUUUCGACAACGCUUGGAGUGUGACACAAUUCCUAAAUGUCUCAUUUUGGCGAUUUUGGCCUCAUCAUUGAAAUUUUCAAGCCACGAAUAUUUCCAUGGUUAUGUCCGCGAAGCCACAGAUGCAUACGCCAGGGAGGCAUGGCUCUUGGUGCUGGAUGACUACAUGAGCAGCGAGACCCCUUCCAACUUAUAUGCCGCCCAGACAAUGAAUAUGCUGGCAAUUAUCGAUUUCACUUCGGGACGUACUAGUUCUGGAUGGUUGAAAAUCGGCAUGGCUGUAAGAAUUGCUCAAGAUCUGCAGCUGAUGAAAGAGCCAAGCCCUCUGUUGCCAGAAGUAGAGCAGGAAGAGCAACGGCGGGUGUUCUGGUCCAUUUACCUUCUGGACAAACUUGUUUCCUGCCAGCAGGGCCGUCCACCGGCCUUGUAUGAUGAAGACUGCCAGGUUCGGCUUCCCUACAGCGAGGAAGCAUUCAAAAAUGGCGGCUUUGAAACGACGAUCACGUUGUAUCAGUUUUUCAGUUGGGAUAUUGGCCCAGAUGUCUCGUUGAGCCCCCUCUCUCUUGUCAUCCUGGCAUCAUCCGCUCUUGGGAGGUGCGCGCGGUAUAUUCUGCAUGAGCCUCGAACCGAGGAGCCGCCCCCUUGGGCUCCCAAAUCCGAGUUCAACUCGAUAAACUCCUUGUUGAUGCUUUGCGAGCAUCAUAUACAAGCUGAUGGAUCGGCUUUUGAAACGGCUCUAGCCCAGUACCGGAAGUCAGAUCAAUCGCUGGAUCAACAGCAAGUUGGACACUUAUUAUUCUCUCGCGUUUUAUUCCAUGUUUGCCACUGUCUCUUGAACCACCCUCCAUUACUUAGACUACGACUUCAGAAGCUGCAUUGCACAGUGUCCUCUGUCUUUCUGACUCGCACCAUUCAGACCAGCUGCGAGCACGCCUGCCAGUUGGCCAAACUGCUGGACGCUGCCGCUUCAAGAGGCUGCCACGUCCAGUCUUCUUUUUAUGCCUAUGCUGCGUUUCUUGCAGGCAGCAUUCUGUCCAUCGUAAUUCAGGCAAAACGCCGCAAGAACGAAGCGCCAAGUGUUGACCUAGUCACAAGCAGCCAACAGGCUUUGCGGACCUUGGAAAAUAUGGGCAGUGUAUGGGAUCAUGCAUCUAAAAUGCAUUUAAAAGCGCUGCUCUUCGACUCAAACAGCAGCCGAGUAUCGGAGCUGUUAGACGCCAGCAGCUCAACUGACAUAGAUCCGGCCACCCAGGAGAUGGUUUGGUCUACGGUUGAUUACGGCGCGAUGGUCUCUGAGGUGAGGGGUGAACAAUACUUGAAAAUAUCAAGUGCAGAGACUCCUGCGUUCAUGUCGGUGGAUCUGGGGUUGGAUCUGGGGCUUGACGGUAGUAUCGAUAGCCAUUCAAAUUUCGCUCAAGGGGAGAUUACUGAGACCAUGUCUUGCUUCAGUAGUUCAGACCUCCAGUACUUGCUUUGA